AUGGGUCGGGAGGCAUACACAGCAAAUACCACCCCCAGACGCCCCACGUUGAGGAAACCACUCACGAAUCUGCUGGGGCGAAGGGGUCUCGCUCGGACGCUACUGCUACUGCCUCUGGCCACCGCUAGAACCUCCCCUCUGAACAACUCUACCAGGACCACCACCACUGCUCCCGCCACCACUCCCACUGUUGCCACCACUGCCGCCGCCGCCACCCCCACUGCCGCCACCACCGCCGCCACCAUUGCCUCCACUCCCACCACCACUCCUACCGCCACCACCGCCACCUCGACUGCCUCCACCACCCCCACCACCACCUCCACCGCUGCCACCCCCACCACCCUGGCCUCCCUUGCCCCUGCCGCUGCGGUGCCUCCUACUAGAAGCAGAUGCAGCCCCGACCUCCUCAGCACAAAGGAAGUCAACAGCAGCAGCAGAAGCGAUAGAGGGGACAAGGGGGGAGGGGGAACACCCCUCAAAUAA